UGCGUUAACGGCUGCCUGCCAUUCGUCCGUUAGAGGUCGCGUUGCCAGGUACUGCACAGCGGCGCGGCACGAGAACAUCCUUUCCCAUCCUUGUACGGACCCCGUUACCUGCACAGCCUCGCCGCAAACACAGAGCGGUCUCUCCGUCGUAGAAAAUGUAACUGAAUCUGUUUCUGUCUGACUGGACGGCUGGAGCGACUCUGAAAGCACAGUACUAUACCGCUCUCCGCCAUGUUGGAGGUCUCAGGACCUCCCCACCCUGAGGGGCUCAGCUCAGAGACGAACCUGGGGACUACAACCACUGCCUGUAAAAAGGUGCAGUGCAGCAGUGGUCCGUUGGACUCGGCCGAGUUCUGGUCGAGGAACGACAAGGUGCUCUGCCAGAUCGACUUCCUGGAGGGCAGCAGCCAGGACCGCUGCACCAAGAUCUGUUUUGUGAACCUGGAGCAGUGUGAUGUCACUCAAAAGGACAAUGGCUGGGCACAGACAUUAGCCUCCAUCUCUCCCUCCCUGCCAGAGCUGGUCCUCUCUGAGAAAGCGCAGCGUCUUCAGGAGAGUGAGAUUAUGCUCCUGAGCAAUCUGCAGUCUCCCAAGGCCUCCACCUCCCAACAGAGCCAGCCAGCCGCCAGCGUGUGUCUGCUUCGCUGUGCGCGGAGUUGCCAGGGCGACAGCGCGGCCCGCGAGAUAAACAGGUUCCUGACCGCCCUGGGGUCGGGCAGAGAGCUGCAGAGCCGCGGCGACCCGCUGGGCCAGCAGACCGAGGAAGACGCCGAGCUUUCCGUGUCCUCUGUCGACGACGACUUCCUGUCUGCCUCGGAACACCUGGGAGAGAACAAUGAGGGGGACACCCUCCAAGCAGAUGUUGCCAGUGGAAACAUCACAGACACCCUGCAGGGUGGGCCAGGCUCGUUAGAGCUAACCAACAGCCAGCAGCCCUGCCAAAGGACACCUCGGGACAACUACUCAUGUGUCCGUGACCAGGGGGCCGUACCCUGUGCCGUGACCCCUGACCUCCUCGUCCCCUCCUUGUCAGAAAUUACCCUCCCUAAGGAGGGGCAUGAGGUGGCCCCCGGCUCCCAGUCCUACUCCUUCAAACUCCCGAAGAUCAUCAUCAUGCAGAGCACGGACAGCGAUGACGGCACAGGCGAUCACCCGGGGUCCCCGACCUUGAAGGUCGUCCCCCGCGAUGCGCCAGGAGAGGGGGCGGUGCCUCGCUCCUCUUGCCCCUGGCCGGACCUCCCGCCCCUCGUGUGUGCCGCCACCAUCACCUCCGCCUACCCCAGGCUCCGGGGUCCCGUCCCCCCGCUGCUGAAGGCGAGGGGCGAGAGGCAGGACUUCUCGCUCUUCUCCGCCCUGUGCGGGGCGGCCCAGGUGGCGGGGGCCGUGGCCCUCGCCGACUUGGCCAAGGCGGACGACGCCGCCGACGCGGAGGCGUUCCGCGCCAACAUCGCUCGGGUGCUCCUCGGCGAGGCGUCCGCCAUCUUGUGCCAGCGGGACGACGGGAGGAGCGUCGCGGACCUCCUGCGGUCCGGCGGCGGAGGCGGCGGCCAGGCGAACGACGCGAUCCUGGGGUCGGACGUCCGGCGCUCGGGCGGCCGCCGGAAGGUGGACCGCUUCACCCGCGCGGUCGCCGACAGCAUCUGGGAGCAAGCGGCGAAGAGAGCGGCGGUGAAGACGGGCGGGGAGAGCGGAGACGCGCCCCCGGUGCAGGACGCCCUGCUGGAGAGCAUGAACGCCAUUCUGUUCGAUGUCCUGUGCGUCACGGCGAAGAAGAUCAGUGACACUUCAGUACACAGCGCGGGCGUGUCUGUCGGACGAGGGAGCGAAAAAGACCAGCCCGGGGCUUUGAAAAAGUCGAGCGGGGAACCUUUGGACCAAUUGCUGCAGCUCUCUGCGUCCAGGCUGACCGAUAGCUGGGGACAGAGCAGUGUGUCUCCCUGCGCAGAUGCCCUGUCUGCCUUUCCAGUUAAGGAGGACAGUACCCAGGAGGAGGGCGAGGAUGAGGAAGAUGCUGAAAUACCAAGCUCAGACUACACGCAAACGGGCAAAGAUUGCCAAGGAGCCAGUCAAUUUAAAGGAGAUUCCUCUUCAGGCAGGGGUUGCUCUGACCUAUCAGGGCAGUCAGGCAGGAAAAACACAGGCGAUGUCAAAAUCGAUUCGGAGAGUGAGAAAACUCCCGCCGGCACGGACCCCAAGACCUGCCCUUCAGUCAGAGAGAAAACGCCGCCGGUCCCAGAGAACAAACCGUCUCUGCUGACCCCCCAGUUCACACAGUCCUCUCCACUCGCGGUCACGAGAAGCACAACAACUCACGAAGCGCUCGCAUCCCCUGUCUCCAGCUUCGCCGACGACCUGGCUGCUACGGUCGUCUCCAUGGCGACGGAGCUAGCGGCGAUCUACCUGGAGAACUCGAGCGGGAAGCAGCCGUGGUUCUGCGGGCUGAAGGGCGCGGUCGGCAAGGCCCCACAGCGCCUCCUGCUGCCCUGCCGCAGCGCGGCGGGAAGGAGAAAGGAAUCGCAGAGUGACUGCAGCGGCGUUCUCGCGGUCGCCAAGAAGCACCGCCCGCCGCGUCUCAGCGAGAUCAAGCGCAAGGCGGAGGAGCAACCAGAGCUCAUGGACAGGCUGGUGAACCGGGUGGUGGACGAGACCGUGAUCCUGGACGAGCCCCCGGACCCCGCGUUGGCGUCCGAGGGCCCUGCCAAGGCCGUGGCCUGUCCUGAGCUCAGCGUGGUGGACACGUCCGCUGAGGACCAGCCCCAGAGCCGGCCGGGGUGCGAGAAUUCGGGCGGAGGGACGACAGCGGGCCGAGGGAGCAUCCCGGAGGAUGAGGACGGCCCCGCCGUCGCCCUGGGCCCUGCAGCCCGUCUGGGGCAGGACCUGAGCCGGGGGGGCUCCAUAUCCAAGCAGUCGAGCUGCGAGAGCAUCACGGAUGAGUUCUCCAGGUUCAUGGUGCACCAGAUGGAGAGCGAGGGGCGGGGCUUCGACCUGCUGCUGGACUACUACGCGGGGAAGAGCGCCGGCAGCAUCCUGAGCGCCGCCAUGCAGCAGGUGGCCGGCCGGAGGAGCAACGGCCGCCUCAACGUCCGCGCCGCCUGCGUGUCCAAGCAGUCCAGCACGGAGAGCAUCACCGAGGAGUUCUACCGCUUCAUGCUCCGGGACCUGGACGGGGACGGCGGCGACCGCGGCCUGGCCAGAGCCAAGGAGUGGAGCAACACCCUGCUGCCUCCGACGCCCCGGUCGCCCUUCUGCAUCCGCCAGUCGUCCAUGCCGGACCGCCGCUCGUCCGACUCCAGGCUGACCGUGAACGCGCCGGUCAAGGCCAACUCGUUCGACUUUGGCCGGAGCAGCCACAGGAGCACCCUGGACGUCUACCCCGCGGGGUCGUCGUCGGGGUCGGGCCUGUGCCGCUCGGACUCCUGCCUGUACCAGAGGGGUCAGAUGGACCGCAUCACGGACGCGUUAAUCCACGACACCUGGCGCGGCUCCAUCGAGUCCUUGAUGCGCAAGAACAAGAUCAUCGGGGACGAACCGGCGGACGAGGAGGGCCCCGGGGAUCGGAGGCCGCACGUCGAGGUCUACGCCAACCGCCUGGUGGCGGACAUCAUGGAGAGCGGGAAGUCCACGCUGGGCAGCCGCCGCCCCGCCUCCGUGGGCGAGAGGAGGCGGUGCUUCAGGGCCAAGGCGGAGUUCGACUGGAGCGGGUGGGGCCAGGGAGGAGACGCCACCCCUCCGCCGGGCUCCAGGGACGUGCCACAGAUUCACAUCCAGGAGGACCAGAGGGAGCAACUCGACGACGGCAGGCUCUGCCAGUCGCCGGAGGAGAGUCCACAUUCACCCCUCCAGACGAGCAGCGAAUCCUGGGGCCAGAGUGAUUCUGCUAAAGACUGCCUGGAGGAUGGAGAAGCAGGGGGCAGUGGCAGGCAGACUGAGGUGCUGGUGAUGAACUUUGACCUGGGUGGGGAGUGCCUAGACUGGAACCUUCAAGCUACUCUGCAGUGGAUCGCUGCUACAGAACUGGGCCUGCCCGCCAUCUUUUUCCAGAAACCUCCGGGGAGAACAGACAAGUUCCAGGAUGUGGUGCAGCUGGUGUGCCAGAGGGGCUGGACCGUGGGGAACCUCUUCUGCGCGGUGAUGCAGUUCUGUGAGACACACGAGGAAAGGGCCGACUUUUUGGACUGGCUCUUGGAAAGACUCUGUCCUUGAUUUACAUAUUACAAGAGACUCCGCACUGAGACAUUUGCAUAUUCCAGGGCACCUGCCCCUGGUAAAUUUACAUAUUUUAAGACUCCACCCCGAAACAUUUUCAUAUUACAUGAGACUCUGCCCUCAUAUAUUUACAUAUUACAUGAGACUCCACACUCAUACAUUUACAUAUUACAGAGACUCCACGCCUGAAACAUUCACAUAUUACAGGAGACUCUGUCCAUGCCAGAUUCAGAACCUGCAAGAAAGCUCAUUGUUCAAAAUAAGAUUUUUAAAGCAAUGUUUCGUCGCAGUAUUCAAACAACAUUUGUUUAUUGCAACACAGGGUUAAUCUGAAAUGUAAUCAGUUUGAUCUGGGGUUAAGAGCCCAUGACGUCAUCGAAGGUUGAGGGGAAAUGCAGAUUGGUCACAUGAUCCCAUGGUGUUCCCACAUUGAUUCCGGUUUGCAAACGCUUGUAAGGUAUCUAUGGUCAUAUGAUGUGAUCCUUGUAUUUUAGAGAUCCUGUAAACGUUCUCAUCGUUGAUGCGUUGAUGUCAUGUAUGCUUCGGUGGUUUGGAGGUGAGAUGAACUAAUUCACACUGGUUUAAUGUUUUAAACGGGAGAGGUAUAACACGUUCAGUUUGUAAUGUGACACUGUACCCUGGUACAGUAUGUAAUGUAUUCAGCUGUUAGCUGUUACUGUAUAGGAUAUGAAAUAAAUGUGUAAUUCUGCUUGUGUAA